AUGGGGAAGUUUGUUAAGUGUUUGGGAGUGUUGGGAUUCAUGGCAAUGGCAAUGCUCAUGAUUGUUGGGAUUGUGGAGGCUAGAAUGCUUGAGAAGGAGACAUUUCUUGGUGGUGGAUUAGGUGCUGGUGGUGGUGGUGCAGGAGGAGGCCUCGGUGGCGGUGGUGGUGCUGGAGGAGGUCUCGGUGGUGGUGGUGGUGGUGGUGCCGGAGGAGGUCUCGGUGGUGGUGCAGGAGGAGGUCUAGGUGGCGGUGGUGGUGCAGGUGGCGGUGCCGGAGGAGGUCUCGGUGGUGGUGCUGGAGGAGGUCUAGGUGGCGGUGGUGGUGCAGGUGGCGGUGCCGGAGGAGGUCUAGGUGGUGGGGCAGGUGGUGGUGCUGGAGGAGGUCUAGGUGGCGGUGGCGGUGCUGGUGGGGGAGGAGGUCUUGGUGGCGGUGGCGGUGCUGGUGCCGGAGGAGGGUUUGGAGGUGGUGGUGGAGCUGGAGGAGGAGUUGGGGUUGGUGCUGGAGCAGGUGGUGGUGGAGGAUUUGGUGGCGGAGCUGGCGGUGGCGGUGGAUUUUAG